GGUUGUAACACUGUUAUCAGUCAUGUGUGUCAUGUCAUGUCAUUAUUGCCUCUCCUUUUACCCGGAACCUAGAAAUUUGCAGGCAUGCGGUUAGCUACCGUGAGCAGAAAUUGUCUACAUUGGGCUAGAUUUGGGGCUAGAAUGCCAAAGAGACAAGCUGAAGAUACAUCAUCAAGAGACAUGGCAUCAGUUGGCAGUAAGCAGCUGAAGUCAAACGACGAGAAGUUUACUUUGUUUUACACACCGGAAUCUCCAUUCAGUAAUUUCCACCCAGCUGUUUUUGAACUGGAGGAUGUUAAGUACAGUUGUUCUGAGCAAUACAUGAUGCAUCAAAAAGCAGUUUUGUUCGAAGAUACUGAAGUUGGAGAGCAGAUUAUUGCAGCAGUAAAGCCCGGUAAAAUGAAACAGCUCGGACGACGUGUUAAGAAUUUUGAUCAAAAUGUUUGGAAUGAAAAUAAACGUGCAAUUGUCAAAAAAGGUGUCAAAGCAAAGUUUUCACAGAAUUCAGAUCUUAAAAAAGAACUACUGAAGACACAGGGUACAACGCUAGCAGAGGCAAGUGCGAAUGACAGGAUAUGGGGUAUUGGACUUGGCUUAAAAAAUCCCUUAGCACUUGACAAGAAGAAUUGGAAAGGUCAGAACCUUUUGGGAUAUAUUUUAACUGAAGUGAGGGAAGAACUGAUAGCAGAGGAAAAAUGAUGUCAGAUUAAGCUCAACAAAAAAGAUACAGUUAUUGACCUGUAGACUACUGAUUCAAUUAGACUUUCAUUAUACAUAGAUAGUUUCAGAACUAUCUAUGUUGUGUACCGCAAGCAUUUAAUAAACUGUAUUUAUUCAUUACAAUACGAAAUACGUUUUGAUUAU